AUGACCGAUGUGAACAAAGGCCUCAAGUUUGUGCUUGACUAUCCCGACGGCAGCACUGGGUCGUCGCUGGUUAUGGACUCGCCCUUCACAAACGUCGGUGCCGUCGUCGUUAUUCAGCUGCCGUCAUCUGAACUCAGCUCUGGAAGCACCGGCCGCGGCAUUGAGAACACGGCCAUGUCGGGUGUCACCACCGCCGUCGCCGACACGAACGACCGCUCCCUGCUGGCCGCGUUAACCAGGCUUGGCGAGUGGGUGCUGGCCCCCAUAUAUUCGACCUCAGUCGAUGCUACGGCUCUCUGGGACUACCACGUCCGGGUCGGCGGUGCGACGGGUCCCGACUUGACGCCUACUGAGAGUGCCCGGAACUCGAUCUACGUUGCUUACGGCCUGCUUGUAGAGAGCACCGGGGCAACAUGGCUCUACGGCACGGCAUCAGAGUACGUGGUCAUGUACCAAUACAACUUUCACAAUGCCGCGAGCGUCUUCGCCGCCAUGAUUCAAGCAGACUCCGUCGGCCUCUUUCCGGCCUACUCCUGUGCCGCUCGCAACGAGUUAAGUGGUUGUGAUGCAUCGUGGGCCGUUGUGAUGCACGGCUGCGAGGACCGCAUCAUUGCUGGCGCUGGCCUGUACUCGUGGUUCUCGGCCUACGCCCAAGAUUGUAUCGGUGGACAGCUGUGCCAGAAGGCACACGAAGGGGCGGCUACUACCGUCAAUUACCCACUCAUGACCGCCAGCCAGGACGCGUGGAUGAGUACAAUUACGGUGCGGCCCAUGACGCUAUCCAAGUUGGGCUUCGAGGUAAUGACAAUCGGGGGUUCCAACGUGAAGAGGGACAGUGGCAGCCUGAACCGCCGAGCCUUUGAGGACUUCUGGCCCGUUCCCGCUACGACUGCCGCUUGGCCCGUCGUUAUUGACAACGGCUCUGAUGGUGAAGAGUCAACGGCGAGCCCUAAAGCGCCUUAUCCGACGCAGCCUCCAUCCAUCAAGUCCGGCUCGCCACCGCCGCAAAACGGCGCCUGGCCAGCAAAAGCCCUCCGGCCGCGCAUGGCCGCCGCCGUAGACCCCAACAAGGAGCUGAACGAUCGCCUCAAGGACUGGAUGUGUCGGCAGGCUGCCGAGUCACCCAGUCACUACGACAUGGACAUGCUCGAAUGGCCCAGGAAGGGGUGGAAACAACAACGACUCGGAACAGAUGCCGAUGGGUGA